GGGAAGAAAGCGCGGUGAAGUUUGAAAGUUGGUUGUUUUUCCGUGCACUUUGUUAAUGUACUCAGCUUCAAACUACUGUUGAUAAACACCUGCUCUUAUUAUUACGGUCUAUCUUUUUCUUAACAUUUGCAAUUCUACUUCAAAUUUUCUCUUCAUUACAAUAUUAAAUUGGAAGAUCACCACUGUACCGAGUAUUUAUUGUUACUGUUUUUGAAUAUUUCCAGUUAGAAUGUCCCAUUCUCCUAAAAGUGCAAUAGUUCAUGAAAAUAUUGCAAACGGUGGUACUGAAUUAGAAAAGAAAUUACUCAACUUGAAGUCUCCUUUUAAUGAUAUUGAUGAUGUUUAUUUAUCCUCGAAUUUCAACGAAUUAGAUCGUAGCUCACAUGUUUCAGUGGUUAUGUCUGAACGAGUUCAGUCUAUAGCUUCUGGUAUAUACAAAGAGUUUGAAACUAUGAUUGAGGCUUAUGGAUUACCCGUUGUUGAGCGUUUAAUGCCAUUAAUAAUUAGUCUGCUGGAAAAUUUGGAUGAACUAUAUAAAGAUCAAUCUGCAUACCAUGCUGAAGUAAGACAAUUACGUGAAGAGAAUGAGCAUAUUUAUGACCAGCUUACUGCUGAAAAGGCUGCUCGAAAACAGUCCGAACUGCGUUUGCUAAAUGCAGAGGAUGCUUUUGAUGAAGAGAGAAGAGUGAAUGAGGCAAAAAAUGAGUCAUUAUCUACAUCUUGUCGGCAAACGGAAUUGAGACUUCAAUUGGCUAAAGAUCAAGGUUUGUUUUUUCGUUUUUUUUCCAUACUUAUAUUCUUUUAGAUUCUAUAUACAUCUUUUUAAUAAUCGUAAAUAAUCACAUUAAAGUUAUAUUUAAGCAUUAAAAUCUGUCUGUAGGCAUGUUCAACCUUUUCGGUGACAUUUUAUCUCGUGGUAUUGUUACUGACUGAUGAAAAUAGGUACCAUUUAAUUUUGAUCAAGUAGUUAUACUUUGCAGUUAAGGUUGUUAACUAAAUAUCUAGCUGUAUAAAAUAAGCUGACUAGUGCCUAAAUAAUAAUUAAAUGAACGUGGUACCAUCAAUAAAAGAGGUGAAUUAGUGCAAAUGAGUGAAAUCGCGUUACCUUUAUUUUAUCUGUAAUCUUAAACUGUAAUUUUACAUCCGGGUUUACUUUAGGAUCUUACUUGUUGGUUUUUUGGGCGUUCAGCCAAUAAUUUUUGGACUUGAACACUUAGUUUAGCUACUUUGGUUUGGACAACUAGCCCUCACACUUAUAGUGUGACUCAAAGGUUACUUCCUAAAUUUAUACUUGAUAAAUGGUUUAGUAAAAUUAUUAAAUAUAUGGUGGAAACAGUAGGUUAUUGUGCAAUUUACGAUUAUCAUGUAUAUGAAUUGACAUCUGAACACUCACGAAGGGAUUCCUAUUUUGUGGUCAUGAUGGAGGCUUUGUCUUUAUUUGGACAAUAGUUUACUGUUUUUCCUAGAUUAUUUAAAUGCUGAUGUGAUAACAAUGACCAAUUUAGUUUUAGAUACUCUUAAUCUGCUUGCAAAUGUCCUGUUUCUGUCGAGAGUAAGGAAGACCCACUCUCCUCGAUUUACUCUCUUAUAGUCUUGAGUAUGCAGACACUGUCAGGGAAGUCCUACUCACAGCCUUCUCGCGGUGAGGGUGUUGUUUACAAAAUUGGUAGGUUGAAAAGCGAAUAUCCGGCACUUUAACUUGGUUGGUGGGUACGGAGUGAUUCAAUUUUCUCAUUCUACAGUGGGUUAUCACAUCAUACACAAGGAAUAAUUUGAGAGUCUUUAUUGUCGAUUACUUAAUGUCGUUUAAAUUAAUCUACGCUUGAUGUAUAUAUUAUUCACACCUUCAAAGUAGAAUAUGAUUGAGUAGUUAGAUUGUUGUCUAUUACUUGAUGCAACUGGAAAUUGAUUUAGUUGGUGGAAGUUGGAAUCUUGUUAGGCACUAAAUGCUUUUUUGUUGUUGAACAUGUACUACCAUGUCUCACUAAGUCUGCACUCUCAUCAAUUGAUUUGUUUCUUUUACCUAAAGUCGUAUUCAUAAACUUCACUGUACAUACUAAUUUGAUUAAUAUACAUCCUUUACUGUUUAAAGGUAAUAUUUGUUCAACUAUACACGGAAUCUUAUCUCAUAUAUCUGUUUACUUCAAUUUAGGUAACUGGUUGAUGUUAUUAAAUCACUUAAUAAGUAAACAUUUACAUCCAUAGCUUUGAACCAUAGUGGUUUUAUGGAAGGUUAGUGAUACUACCAUGAUUCUGAAAAUCAAAGUGAAUGGAACGGAAUUUGAAUUCGUACCUGAGGGCUUUAACUAUCAUACACUACUCCAUUAGCUUCUUAGGUAUAAAUAUUUGUUUCGAAUCGCCAAACACAUAAACGUAUUCUUGAUUAUCAGUUUAGAUUAAUUUGAAUUUACUAUUUAAAACGAAGCAACACAAAUAACACUUGAUAAUAACCAUAAAUAUAUCAUUACGUACUAUAUGUCAUUUCGAGUGUGUACAUGUGAUUUUAAGUAUUCAAUAAUUGUCGGAUGAAAUAGAAAGAGAAGUGUCUUUUUUGUCAAGCUUACAUCUCGUGAUCACGUAAACUCACAUUGUUUACGUUUAGCAUUGUAAAUAUAUGGUAGAAGUCAUUUGAUUUAUGUUUUUGACUGUUAAACUAUUUGAAAUCUUGUAAUAACUACUACUGAUCACCUUGUCAAGUAUAUUGUUUAAGAGUAUAUGAUAUCUACAAAUGAAUGGAAUUUAUACGUUCUCAUAGUGCCUACGUGGCCACUUGUGUAUACCCACUGCAACGGAAGUUCUACUCUUUGACUUCUGACUGCGGUGGUGUUGUUGACGUAAUUGAGAAGAUGAAAAGCUAAAACUGUGUUGGUGGGUACGAAGGAGUUGGGAGACCCUAAUUCCAAACUGUUGGUGCACAUGAACUCCACGAUCCUGAGGGAAUCAGUGGCGUAUGAACCUAUUGUUGUUUCACGUUUAGAAGUGAAAGAACAAGAAUGGAAAAAGGAAGAGAAUCGUUUACAUGAACAUCUUAAUGAAUUAAUACGUUCUAAUGUUGAAUUAACUGAACAAAUCAAAUUUAUUAAUAAUAAUAAUCAAGAUCAAUCAAGAAAUACAUUAAACAAUCAUAUUCAUAAACAUUCACCACGUAAACUAUCCAUGAAUUCACCUAAAUAUAAUUUAACUGGAUCAACUAAUCAUGAUCAAAGUUCAACAAUAGAUGGAUCAUCUACAGUUCAUUCAAAUUCACUUGGUGUUGGCUAUGAUGCUACUAGCGGUGGAUUUGAGUUUGAUGAACUCCCAAAUACUCUGGAGUCGGAAAGUGGUGGUUUAAAUGUCGACGAUGAUCUACCUGCUGGUAUGCGUAAAGAGAUUGAUGUGUUAAUCAAAGAGAAUAUGGAACUUGUUGAAAUGAAAAAUGCUCUCAAUGUUGUAAAAGACGACCUACUCGCCAGAAUUGACCAUUUGACAUCUGAAAAUAUAUCAUUACGUGAAUCAGUGAAUAUGUUAACUGAUUCACGAGUUCGUUUACAAAGUGAAUUAACUAAUAUUGAUCAAAUGUUAAAUGAGGCACGUACAGAAAUUAAUCAAUUAAAUGAAAAACUUUCAUUUUAUCAAGAUAAAACAAAUAUAGAGUCAACUAAUUCUGCACAAGUUAAACGUUUUACACGAUCUGAAAUGGCACGUAUUCUAGCUGAACGUAAUCAUUAUAAAGAACGUUUAUUAGAAUUACAAGAUGCUGUACGUUUUACAGAAACUUUACGUGUUAGUCAAAAAGGACAUCGUGAAUUAUUUAUGACUAAAACACCGCCAACACAACAAUAUAAAAUUGAUUUAAAUAGUCCAGUUAGUGGUCCAUUACAAAGUUUACAAAAGUUCUUCUCUUCAUUUACUUCUGGUCAACGUUCUGAAAAUUCAAAUGAAUUAAUUCAAAAUGUUGGAAGUGAUUUGUCUAUUCAUGGUACGGAUAAUUCUCUAUCAUGGAUUACAUUGUCAGCAACAUGUACCAAUUCUCCAAUUUACGGUUGGGUAACUGGUAAACAAUCUGAUCGAAAAUUCAGUUGUAAUAAUAAUAACAAUAAUAAUGGUGGUGUUGUGCAAAGUAACAGUGAUUCUGUUGAUGAUAAUGUAUAUUCUAAUGUACCAGUUCCUAUUCAAUGUAGAACAAUUGGUGGUUUACAUAAGAAAAACUUAGAGAUAUGUACAUCACUUACUGUUCCAAUUGCAUCCUUGGAUUGUAAUUCCAAACCUAAAUAUCAUUUAUGGUUGAUUGGUCGUGGUAGUUCAGGGGAUUAUCCAAAUUCCAAUGAUUCUUCAUUAUCAUUAAAUCGUGGUUAUCUUGGACAAGUGCAUAUAUUUGAACCAACAAAAUUUACUCAACCUAUUAAUAGUUUUGAUUUAGAUAAUGGUUUCUUGCCAACAGCAGCUGUUUAUGUAAAAUAUAGUGAAGUAGCGUCAACUGCUCUAUCUUCACCUGAAUCAACCUCAAAUCAUGAGUACAUUGAAUUUACAUGGGAUAUCAAUGAAUCUUAUGAUAAUAGUAGUAAUAGUAUGAAUGAGACAGUUUGUAAUAAAAAUAACGAUGGUUGUGUAAUUCUAGCGUCAAAUGAUGGACGAUUUCUAGUUUUUAAAUUAUGUUAUAGCAUGAAGUCAACUAGUUCGUCUGAUUUGGUCAGAAAUAAUAAUGAUAAUGAACAAAUUGUUUCAAGUCAUUUCAAUGUUGUUGUCAUGCCACAAAUAAUUUAUCGAUUUAAUACAAAUAGUCAAGGUUUAGUAGCUAAUGGAAUGAUUUCACAUGAUAAUUAUGUAUGUAUUGGUCUAUUCAAUUCACUUAGUACAACUCAUAUUGUUUGCUUUCAAUGGCCAUUAACAUUUAUGCAUAAUCAACAUAAUCAUACCAUAAAUACAUCAUCUUCAAUGAUUACUUCUACUUUGAACAAAAUACAAACAAAACAUAAACUUAUUAAUUUACCAUUUGAAUCUUUAUCAACUGGUCCGUUAAUUAUGGCUUCUUCAUUUUCAUCCUCGACUUCUUCUUCUUCUAACCAAUGUUCUACGAUGAAUGAGAAUAAUAUUUCUUCAAUAAAUGAUUAUAUAUGGCUUGGUACAGCUGGUGGUGGUCAUUGUUAUUGUUUAGCUGUUCAAUCAGGUGAUUUUAUAACAAGUUUAGCAUUACCGAAUGAAACACCAUGUCUACAUGCAAUAUGUGUUAAACCAUCUACAAUGGGAUUGGCUGAUAUUGUCUGGUUAGCUGUAUCUGGUAAUCCUACAAUUUGUGCAUCAUGUGAGAAAAUUUCAACAUGUACAACCGAUAGUAACUGUAAUAACGUUGAUAAUAAAGACAUUGAUGAUGAUGUUAUCGUUAACCAGAAAAAGUGUCAACAUAAUGUCAAUGGUGGAAUAAGCGUUGGAAUGGCACGUCUACUAGCAUGUUGUCCUAAACAAAAGUGUAUUCUACGUCAAAUUGAUUUAACCAAUUCAUUGUCUUCAAUGUUAGAUAUGGAAAAUGUUACAGAUCCGAUUGAUUUAACUAUAUGUCGCCUACUUAUUAUACCACUGACUAGUCAUCAUGAAAUAUGGUUUGCUACUCGUUCUGGUCUUAUCGCUCGUUUACGUUUGGAUUACUCCAAGUACAAGUAUUCAUCAAAUGAAGUUGAAUUGUCCAAACCUUCUUCUAUAACAAUCAGCUGUCAUGGUUAUCGACGUCCUGUAUGCAAUUUACUAUUAAUUCAUCAAAUGAAUAAUAAUGAAGACCUUAAUUAUUUAAUUGUAUCAGUUGGACAUGAUUAUGUAGAUUUAAGACAAAUUCAAGAACAAUUCGAACAAAAUGAUGAACAUCAAACUCAACUUUCAGCUGAUCGAAAUUCCAGCAUAAGGAUUCAUAUUAACCGUUCACGUCAAAUGGGUUCAGGUGCACAUGCUAUUGUUUGGAGAUUAACCAAUUUAUCCCAUUAAAUUAUUUAAAUAUUCAUCAUGAUCAUUAUUAUUGUUCUUAAUUUACCUUAAUUAAAAUACUUUCUUUAUCUUUCAAAUUUAUACUACUUAAAAAUUAAAGAGUAGUUCAACGUAAUGGUAUAAAUACUUUUUCUGUUCAUUCAAUAUUCACAAAUCUAUAUUGUCUAAAGUAUAUUGAUCUAUUGUGCAUAAAUUAUUUCCUAUCAUUUCAUCUAUUAUUAAUCAUAUUAGUAACUGACUUAAGCACUGACUAUCACUGAUGAGUACAAUUUUAAUGAAGGAUCGGUUUGUGUCUUUCAUUCAUUCAUUAUUAUUAUUGAUUUCUAUGUAUUUUAAACCGCUAUCAUCGCCGCCGUUGUUGUUGUUGUUGUUGUCGUCGUUGUUUUCGUUGCCGUUGCUGUGCAAUAAUUAUUUAUUUGUUUUUCUUUUUAUUUAUGCAUUUAAGCAUCUGCUUUUUCCUUAUUUUUUUGUUGUUGUUACUAACUACAAUUUUCUUUUGAUGAGUCCAAUGUUCAAAUGACUAAUAUUUUGUCGUUUGUAUUUUUCUUUUCUUUUUUUAAAUGCAUUUAAUUUGUAAAACUGAGUUAAUCAAUCAUUGAGAAGUGAAACAGAUUGAUGAUCAUUUAGUUCUUGUUGUUAAUUGACAUAUCUUGAUCAAUUUAGAAUGUAACUUCUUAGUUGUGUGACUCAUUACUCAGUUCAAAAUCGUUUGCAAUGGAGAAGAUGCAUCCACUCUUUGUGUUCUGCCAAAUUAUAAUCUUCUGAAUUCUUCAUGUACUUAUCUUUUUUUUCUCUUUUCAAAUUUAUUUCACUAGAUUAUACUCUUUGAAUAACAUCUUCAAAUCCUAAUCUUUCACAUAAUGCUUGUACUCUUACUACUUCUACCACUAUGGGAUUUGAAUAGACAACUUCAUCUCUGUGCU